AAAAUGCAAAUCAUAAAAACGAUCCCUUCCCAGCCAACAGAGGGUGUGGAAAACCAAAACUAACCCAGCCCAGUAGCCCUAGUAUUUUCCUUCUCUGCUCAUCGGCGGCCAACGCAGUGGCUUCACUCUCUCUAUCUCCCGCACGCCGCUCAGGUUGAGUUUUUUUUGGAAUGGCAACACGGCCGAAUCCAGAUAUUGAUGAUGAUUUUAGUGAAAUUUACAAGGAGUAUACUGGUCCUCCGAUUUCUACUGUCAGUAAUGCACAUGAUAGGGAAAAGGUAAAUAAAAGAUCCCAUGUGGACUCUGAUGAGGAAGAGGAAACUCCUGACCCAAAUGCUGUCCCAACUGAUUUUACGAGCCGAGAAGCUAAGUUUUGGGAAGCUAAAUCAAAGGCUACAGAGCGGAAUUGGAAGAAGAGGAAAGAGGAAGAAAUGAUUUGUAAAAUAUGUGGAGAAUCAGGUCAUUUUACUCAGGGAUGCCCCUCAACUCUUGGGGCAAAUCGCAAGUCUCAAGAUUUCUUUGAAAGGGUUGCAGCAAGAGACAAGCAUAUAAAAGCUCUAUUUACUGAGAAAGUGAUACAGAGGAUUGAGAAGGACAACGGUUGCAAAAUCAAAAUGGAGGAGAAAUUUAUAAUUGUUAGUGGAAAGGAUAGGUUAAUCUUGGCAAAAGGUGUUGAUGCUGUGCACAAGGUAAUCAAGGGGGAGGGUGAUCAGAAGGGCUCUUCUAGUUCUCACAAGAGUAGAUCUAGGUCCCCUGAGAGAAGUCCUGUUGGUUCACGGUUGCGACGCUCUGAUUCCCAAAGAGGUCACCCACAUGAUACAUCGCAAUAUCAUCAGAGGUUUGGCAGACAAGAUAAGAUUAUGGAAGACCAUCGUGGGGCUCUGCAUAAAUUCUCAAGGGGUUCUCCACAAGCUUAUGGUAAUGAUGGAGGUAGAAGUCACUCAAGCCAUUCUAAAUCUCCUGCACGUCCCCUUUAUGCUGGCAACUCGUAUGGUUCACAUGAUGGUCAUAGUCAUAGCACAGCUGGUUUUAGAACUACAGGAUGGGAUACUGAGACGCGGGGGUCUGAUUUGCAAUCAGGCCAUCGAUUUGAAUACUCUACUUUCCCUCAGACGUUAGAAGAACUAGAGCUAGAGCACAAGAGAGAGGCAAUGGAACUUGCUAGAAUUUGUGACAAGGAAGAAGAUGAUGAAAAUUACAAGCAUCGUGAGACUAUCAGGGAAAUUGGAGAGAAUUACAUGCAGAAAUUAGCUAUUCUAAGAAGCGCACACACAAGACAGUGGGAGGAGUUUCUUCAACAGGAUGCCCAAAUGCGUCAGCAACAGCCUCGGCAGCCAACUUCUGUGUCUGGUUUUGGUGGAUAUAAACAGCACUCUUAUUCUGAAUAUGAUGCUUCUUCAGCCACUCCUCAUUAUGCUGGAACCAGUUUAACCAUGGAUUCAAGGCCCAGAUACUCAAAUAACAUGGAAAAUUAUUCUUCAAGACCUCAUGAUACAUAUGGUGAGUUCCAACAUCCGAGGCGCGAGGCUUUUGGGAAAGCAUACAAUCGAUACUAAAUUGGUGUGCUGGAACUGAGUUUGGGUCCAGAUCAUGGUCGUAGGAGUAAUGCACAGUGGUGGCCCAGAACUAGGUAAGUUUGUCAGCUAUCCUGUUGGCCUGGAGAGGGGAAUGAUCUGAGUCAUCUGAUGCACUCUUAGCAUGCCAGUAGAAUUGCUUCAAUUUCAAUUUAGCGGCCCAAUAUCUAUUGGUGGGAUGUGGCAAUCAUUUUCUUAGGUAGGUCUGGAAAUGUUCGAGGUUUGCCAACUUCUGAACGGCUCAAAUUGGCAUCAAUCAACUGCAUUUUUGGCAGAUUUUUCAACUCAGAGUACUGUAGUUUGCUGUUACAUGCAAUAGCGUUUCACAUUUGCAGUACGUGCCAAGGCAGUAUUGUAUUUCUUUAAGUAGAUAGAAAGAACAUUUAUCUAUGUUUCUGUCACAAUUUUUUUUCUAUAUCCCAUGCUAUAAAAAUGGAAAUGAACGCAGUAAAAUUUCGAUGA